GCGAUAUGUAUCAGUUUAUCCCAGCCAACUGAAAUAUCAACUAACAAAAUGUUCAAAUUCUUCGCCAUCGUCUUCGCCGCCGUCUUGGCUCUGGCCGCCGCCUCACCAAAAGCUAAACCAGGCUUCGUAGCCGCUGCCUACAGCGCCCCCCUUGUAGCCCCAGCUGUCGCCCCCGUAGCUUACUCUGCUCCCCUAGCUUACUCCGCCCCAGUAGUUGCCGCCGCUCCUUUGGCCUACUCUGGUCAUAUCAACCCCCUAGGUGUGCAUAUCUACUAAGCUGACUCCGUAGCCGGAUUAGAUUGAUGAAUUUUUGGAUAUUUAUUUUGAAAUUGAAAUUUGAUUUAGGUUAAAUAAAUUGUAUGAUUUA